CGAAAGCUGGACCUCUCCGGUGCCUUGUCUACAAAUCCGGGCCUUCGUGGAGCAACGUAUCGUCUACCAGACGGAACACUUACAACUCGGCCUGCAGCAGAAUCUGCUCCCCAAUCUCGAAGGCUGGACCUCUCCGGUGCCUUGUCUACAAAUCCAAGCCUUCGUGGAGCAACAUAUCGUCUACCCGACGGCACACUUACAACUCGGCCUGGUGCUGCAAGUCCCACCCCAUCUCGAACGUUGGACCUCUCCGGUGCGUUGUCGAAAAACCCCAACAUGCGUGGAGCCACAUAUCGCCUUCCAGACGGCACUCUGUCAGCCCGGCCUGGCGCCCCUAGCCCUCGAUCGAUGGACCUAUCCAGUGCCUUGUCCACAAACCCAAACCUUCGUGGAUCCUCUUUCCGCCUUCCAUCCUAUGCUGUAGUUAUGCCUCAGGCCCAUGGGCACGGGCCAGAUGGACACUGGGCACAGGGGACAGAUGGAGUAGACUUUGGGGAAGAUGUUGACAUGUGGGGGGCGGAGCGAGUCCUGCCUCACGGGACAGUGCAGAACCUCAAUAAGUGGUCCAUGUAUCGGGACGAGGAGCUACUGAACCCCAUGGGUGUGAUGGGACAAGUUGGCCAGUUUGAGGGACAUGACCCAGGGGACUGGCUGCCUAGCAGAGAAGGGGAGCCAAAGGGGCAGUGGUACGAUAAGAUGUACUCCAUACGAAGCCUCCCCACCAUAGGCUACAGGGAGCAGAAAGAGGAGGACGGGGUAGAGGACAUGACACAGCUGGAGGAGCUACAUGAAGGGGCUGUGCUGCUGAACCUGAUGAUGAGAUUUGAUCGUGAGCUCAUAUACACAUACAUAGGCAGUAUCCUGGUGUCGGUGAACCCCUAUAAAAUGUACAAUAUCUACGGGACGGAUAUGGUGCUGCAGUACAAGGGCCAUGCCCUGGGAGAGAACCCUCCGCAUCUGUUUGCCAUAGUAAACGCUUCCUACACCAAAAUGAUGGAUGCCAAACACAACCAGGUCAUUAUAAUCAGUGGGGAGAGUGGCUCUGGGAAGACUGAGGCCACCAAACUGGUCCUGCGCUACCUAGCGGCAAUACACCAUAAAAACAACAUUACGCAACAGAUUGAGAUUCUGGAGGCAGCUCCUCUCCUGGAAUCUUUCGGAAAUGCCAAAACCGUGAGGAAUGAUAAUUCAAGUCGCUUUGGGAAAUACAUAGAGGUCUUUCUCGAAGAGGGUGUGAUCAGUGGUGCCAUAACCUCCCAGUAUCUACUGGAGAAGUCCCGUAUAGUCUUCCAGGCCAAAGAUGAGAGGAACUACCACAUCUUCUACGAGAUGCUGGCCGGACUCCCCUCCCAGCAGAGACAGGCCUUCUACCUGCAGGAGGCUGAGACUUACUAUUACCUCAACCAGGGAGGGGAUUGUGGGAUAACAGGAAAGAACGAGGCGGAGGACUUCCUGCGUCUGAUGGCUGCCAUGGAGAUCCUCCACUUCACGCCCGAAGACAAGGACACAAUCUUCAGGCUCCUUUCCUGCAUCCUGCACCUGGGAAACGUCUUCUUCCAGAGAUACGAGACAGAUGGUCAGGAGGUGGCGUCAGUGGUGAGCGCUCAGGAGAUCAGAGUUGUGGCAGAGCUGCUGCAGGUGUCACCGGAAGGACUCCAGAAAUCCAUCACAUUUAAAGUCACCGAGACAAUGAGAGAAAAGAUCUACACUCCUCUGAGUGUGGAGAGCGCUGUUGAUGCCAGAGAUGCUGUUGCCAAGAUACUGUACUCACUGCUCUUCCAUUGGCUGACCGAGAAAAUCAACGCCCAGGUGUACCCCCGCCAACACUCCCUCUCCAUCUCCAUCCUGGACAUCUACGGCUUUGAGGAUCUGGCCUUCAACAGCUUUGAGCAGCUUUGCAUCAAUUAUGCAAACGAGUACCUUCAGUUCUUCUUCAACAGGAUUGUGUUCAGGGAGGAACAGGAGGAGUACAGCAGGGAGCAGGUCCCCUGGCAGGACAUCCAGUUCAGCGACAACCAGCCCUGCAUCGACCUCAUCGCCGCAAAGCCUCAUGGGAUACUUCGUAUCCUGGACGACCAGAGCUGCUUCCCUCAGGCUACAGACCACACCUUUCUUCAGAAGUGUCAUUAUCACCAUGGCAACGACCCACAGUAUCUCAAGCCAAAGAUGCCCCACCCUGAGUUUACCAUCAAGCACUUUGCUGGCCGCGUCACCUAUCAGGUGCACAAGUUCCUGGACAAGAACUACGACCAGGUCCGACAAGAUGUCCUGGACAUUUUCAUUCAGAGCAAGAACAAGAUGGUGUCCGGCCUCUUCCGGCGCCACUCGGAGGUGGCGGCGGAACAGAGGGGCGGCCAGGGCAGGAAGAGCAGCACGGUGACGCGGAGGUACCAGGCCUCCACUGUCAGCCACAAGUUCCAGACGUCCCUCCUGGAGCUCGUGGAGAAGAUGGAGAGGUGUGACCCGUUAUUUGUGCGCUGCAUCAAGCCAAACAACUUGAAGGAGCCCGGUGUGUUUGAGACCGAGCUGGUGAGCACUCAACUGCGGUACUCAGGGGUACUGGAGACCAUCCGGAUCCGCAAGGAGGGAUACCCUGUUAGAUUGCCCUUUGCUAUCUUCCUGUUCAGGUAUAAGUCCCUGGUGGCAUUGAAGGAUCCUCCACCCACAAGUGGAGAGAGCUGUGUGAUCAUGCUCAGUCAGCUGUGUCCCCUCACGGCAGGAUGCUUCCACGUCGGGGUCACUAAGCUGUUUCUGAAGGAGGACAUCUACCAGCUACUGGAGUGCAAGCUGGAGCGUGCACGUCAACUGGCCGCACUCACGCUGCAGCGCACCGCUCGCAUGUUCUUCGCCCGCCGCCGCUUCGUGCAGUUCAGAAUGAGGAUCAUCGGCUUACAGGCACAGUGCCGCGGGAACCUCACCAGGAAGCACUACGUGAAGAGGAGAGCUGCUCUUGUUCGAUUCCGAACGAUCGUCCGUCUGUACGUCAACCGCAAGAGAUUCAUCAGGAUAAGGCUGGGGUCGCGCAGGAAGAGAGAUGCGGAGAGGAGGGAAAGAGACAAGGUGCUGUAUAGGAGAGAAGUUGUCAACGUCACACACCUGGUGAUCUCCGCUGACCUAGCAGCCCUGCUUCAUACUGUAGCAGUUGGCAGGGAGUUACAUUCAGACUGCCUGGCUCUGCUCCAAGCUCCCCACAUCCGAGAGGACACUCAGCUGACGCUGCCCCUGGACAUCAACAACUACCCCUUCUACCGCUACGUCCAGGCUUACUUCAGGGAGCCCAAGUUUGGGAUGCUCACGGACCCAUUGGAGGCCUCUCUGACCCGCGUGGAUGAGGACCUUAAAGAGGCCGCACUGGAACUCUUCACCUUGGUUCUGAGGUUCAUGGGUGACCCGCACCUGAACGGCGCCCAGGAGAACAUGUUCGGGAGCUACAUCAUCGAAAGGGGACUGUCGUCGCCCGGGUUACGGGACGAAAUCCUAGCCCAGCUGGCCAAUCAGGUGUGGCGCAACGUGAACGUGGAAAACGCAGAGAGGGGCUGGCUGCUUCUGCUGGGGUGUUUGUGUGCCUUCGCCCCCUCACCCAAGAUGGAGAAGCACAUGUUAAAAUUUGUCUCUGACCACGCCCCCAUCGAAAGCCAGGCCCUGCUACAACACUGCCUCAUCCAAGCCAAUCAAAAGUCCCUUCUGAGCUCAGGCUCCAACCCAGAGACCGCCCGGACCUAUCCACUGUCUUUGCUAGAGUGGACGGCCAAUCGGAAGAAGGCCAGCAUGGUGCUGCAGGUGCACUGCUUUGAUGCUAUGUCCUUCCUUUGUCCAGUUAACUCGUGGACCAGUGGGGAGGAGCUAGCAGGGGUCAUCCUCCGCCACAGGGGCGUGACCGAGUGGUGGAAGGGGUACUCCAUCCUGAUGAAGGAGCAGGGCCAGUGGGUGGAGUUAGCAGGCCACGACUACGUGCUGGACCUUAUCUCGGACCUGGAGCUUCCCCCUGAAUUCCCAAAGCAGAAGAGCUACUUCAUCAUCAGCGCCGAGGGUCCCAACAGGGUCAGGGCCAAUGCCAGCCUUACUCUGUUUGGCAGUGGGUUUGACUCAGAUGAGGAGGUGCCCUCCUCCUUCCCUCUCAACACCAAUAGACCAGCCUACAGUCUGCCAGACUCGGACGGAUACCACAGCCACGUGGAGUCCGACGCGUUCAGCGAGGGGCAGGCCCAGCGGGACCGAGGCAUGGACCGCUACCUGGACAGCCUGUUUGACCCGGUGCUUUCAGACAGCAGCCAGGACAUGGAGAGGGCGGCCAGCCUGACAGCCAGGAUGAAGGGAGGGGGAGGUGUGGGGGUCCCAGCAGACGAAGGAGUUGUGCCCCGGAGCCGACCCUAUCCCCCGGGAAUACACCCUGGAGGUGAGCCACGCUGUGUGUUGGCUCAGCAGCAGCAGGCCCUGAUAAACCAGCAGGCCAUCAUACUGGCCCAACAGAUGACCAUGCAGGCCAUGGCCCUCCAGCAGCAAAUGAUGUCCAACUAUACCCCGGUCCCCAGGUCCCCCCCGACACACUCUCCAGCACACUCCCGCACACCCAGCCCUGUCAAAGAGGGCAAAGACUCACCGACAAAGACUCCGCAAAGAAAAAUCAGUCCGACGACGGCCCCCCCUCCGGAGGCAGUGGUGAAGGCCAGUGUGAACAACACGGAGCGCCUGGACCCCAGCCACGACAUCAAGGACAUCGUCAAACAGCACCAGCCCCCCGCCACCCCGGCCCCCACCCAGACACCUGGCUCACAGAGAAAAGGCGAUGGGAAGGCGUUUGAGAAGAAAUCAGACCCCCACGAUGAAGCGAUGGAGAUCCUCAAAGAUCAGAUGGCCAACCCACCAGCUCAAACACCAAAGAAACCGGCCCCGCCCAAAGAAGGGGGAGGAGCUAAAGCCAACAAAACAAUCAGACGCCGACCAAUGACCACGCCUUCCACCACGGGCCCCCCCCCUCCCACAGUCUCUAGAAAGCUGCCAAUGGAAGAGGAGAUCAUUCAGACUCAGCUGCACAGCAGGAGCAGCGAGGAGCACUACACCUACACUAAUGUACCCUGGAAACUAUACCUGAGGAAGGAGGUGUUCUACCCUAAGGAGAGCUUCAACAACCCCCUCAUCCUGGAGCUCCUCUUCAGACAGAUUGUUCAUGAUACUUUCUCCGAGGCCUGCAUCCGCAUCAACCAGGAGGAGAGACAGAAGAUGAAAGAUUUUUUCGCUGAGAAAAAUGUAGACCAGGCUGUGGGAACGCAGGACGAAGAGGUGAAGAAGAAAGCCAUCACUAUGGCCAAGGACUCCUGGGAUAUCUACUUCUCCCGCCUCUUCCCCGCAUCGGGCAGUGUGGGGACCGGGGUACAGGUGUUGUCGGUGUCCCACCGAGGCAUCAAACUGCUGAAGAUGGUGCGGAGUGGCAGCGACGGUCCAGACUACUUCAGAAUACUGAGACCUUACAGCUACUCGGACAUCCUGUUUGUGUCAAUCCCCUCUAAGAACAUGCUGGAGAUCAACCUGACCAACGAGAAGCUGAUUCUAUUCUCGGCCAGGGCCCCGCAGAUCAAACACAUGACGGAUUACUUCCUGACCGAGCUUAAGAAGGACUCUGAAUAUGUAGUGGGGGUGAGGAACUUUAUCACAGAGGACAGAUCUCUGCUCAGCUUCCACAAGGGUGACAUCAUCAGGCUGCAGCACAUGGACGGCCUGGGUCCUGGUAAGUGUUACGGCUGCAUAGUGAGGAAGAAGGUGCUGCUGCUGGAGGAACUGAAGAGAGACACACCAGAGUUUGGCUGGCGUUUCGGGGCGGUGUAUGGCAGGUCAGGGGUCUUGCCCAGGGAGUUUGUGCGCCCGGUGGCUGCCCCCGACUUCCUGGUCCUCCCUCCAGAGCGGGCGGAGCCUCGCGACCGCCAGGGACGGGUGGCCGCCUCCGCCGCCAUCGCCGUGGCGAUGGGCUCAGCGGUCGCCGGCCACGAGCUCGACCGCUCCACAGAGAUGGUGAGUGAGACGUAUGGUGACGCUGUGAACGAGGACCUUGACGAGAUGGCCGUCCAGAGCGGACAGUACUACCUGAGUGAGUUCGCCAGGAAGUACUUCAGAGAAGCACAGAAGAACAGGAGGGAUCAGAAGAACAAGAAGGGAAAGGAGGGCAGAGACCCCGUUGACAUGGUGAAAUUCAACAAGUCUCCCCUCCAGGAGUCCCUGAUCGACUUCUCAGACAGAGGACUGAACAGGGUGGCAACCGACAUCUUUAUAGCCAUAAUGCGGUUCAUGGGAGACCACCCGAUCAAAGCUCUAACCGAACAAGAAUUAGUAGCCACUAUACUCAAGCUGAGUGGGGACCAUGGUCUGAUGAAGGACGAGGCGUACUGCCAGUUGAUGAAGCAGGUCACCGCCAACACUAGCAUUAAAGCAGACAGCUGUCAGAGGGGCUGGAGGUUGAUGUACAUCUUGACAGCGUUCCACCGCUGCUCUGACGUUCUGAAGCCCUACCUCCUUAAGUUCCUUCAGGACGCAUGCACUGGACCGGGGGUCCAGUUCCAAGGCAUCGCCAGUGCCUGUGAGCAGAAUUUAAGGAGGACUUUCCAAUAUGGCGGCCGCAUUGAGUUCCCCAACAGCAUGGAAUUAAAAGCCAUGCUGGCUGGGCGGAGCUCCAAGAGACAGCUGUUCCUGCUGCCAGGGGGGAUCGAGAGGCACCUGAAAGUCAAGACUUGCUCUGUGGCUCUCGACGCUAUUGAAGAGCUCUGCUUUGAGAUGAGUCUACACAGGCCGGAGGCCAUUGAGGAGUACGCCAUAUUUGUAGUAACGCACAGAGGUCAGAACGUACGUCCGCUCCACAAGCGUGAGUACAUCCUGGACAUCGCCACCGAGGCCGAGCCGGUGGACGCCAACUACAGCCUGUGGUUCAGGAGGGUCAUCUGGGGCAUGGCUCUCAAGCUGGACAACGAGCUCUACGUCACCAUGCACUACAACCAGGUGCUGCCAGACUUCCUGAAGACCCUGAUGAGUGUGGUUCCCCAGGGGCAGGCCAGUGACCAGCAGCUGCAGCAGGUCUCCAGGCUGGCCGCGCUGCAGCACCGUGCCAAGGACACCGUCUACCUGCCCACUCUCCGUGAGGUACAGGAGUGUGUCCCCUCCCUGUUCUACAGUAAGCAGGGCUCCCAGCAUUGGCUGAACAUGAUCACCCAGCACAUGCAGCAGGUGCAGCCCCUCACCCCGCACCAGGCCCGCGCUCAGUUCUUAGGCCUCGUCAGUGCCUUCCCCAUGUUUGGCUCCGCCUUCUUCUACAUCCAGAGUUCUAGCUCCGCCUCCUUCCAAGCCCCUUGCAUCCUGGCUGUCAAUCAGGACGGACUGCACUUCCUCAACAAGGACACCCAUGAAGCCAUGGUGAGGUUCCCCCUGAAGGAGGUGCAGUCCACACGCACCCAGCGGCCCACCGCAGGCUCCAGCUACCCCUAUGUGGACAUCAUGAUAGGAGACCUGCUCAGCCAGCGCAUCACACAGCUACAGCUGGAGCAGGGUCUAGAGCUUUGUCGAGUCAUCGCCAUGCACAUGGAGAACAUGCUGUCACUCAGAGAAAAGAGACUCACUCUUCCACCCAGUGAAAUCACCAUGCUAUAACUCACACACGCACACACACACACACACACACACACACACACACACACACACA